GUGAUGGCAGCUGUCUUGUGAUAACACGGGGAAGUGGUCUGUUGCUCAAGUACUGGGAAGUACAGAGUAGCUACUUUCAGUUUGUUUUAGAGUUCAGGAAGGUGUCUGAGAGACUUUUCUGAACUUCCACAGCUGGCUAUAUGCACAUCGGUUUUUUACUAUAACUCUAUUACAUGCGUUAGACCGGUAGCAGGUUAUAAUAAUGAAGCUGGAAGCUGUGUUGCUAUGCAUAUUUCUGUUUGGAGUGAGGAGCUCAUUUUGCGAUACCCCGGCAAACUGCACCUACGAAGACUUGGUGGGCACUUGGGUCUUUCAGGUGUCGAACGGCGGUCAAGACCAUGCUAUCGACUGCACCAAGAUGGGGCCUGCAGUAAAAACUGUUACUGUCCAUCUUGAAAAGCUGAACGUGGCGUCGGAUGACCUGGGGAAUUCUGGUUUCUUCACCUUAAUUUAUAAUCAGGGAUUUGAGGUGGUUCUGUCUGACUACAAAUGGUUUGCAUUUUUUAAGUAUAAGCAAGAUGGCUCAAAGGUGACCAGCUAUUGCGACCAAACCUUAACAGGAUGGGUGCAUGAUGUACUCGGGCACAACUGGGCAUGCUUUGUAGGAAAGAAGUUGUCCUCUAUUCCCCAGAGGGUCGACACUGUGCCAUCUCCCAAGCUGUGGCAGCUGCUGUAUCAACAACCAUACAAGUAUAACCCAAACUAUGUGAACGCAAUCAACACAGUGCAGAAAUCCUGGACAGCAACCACCUACAAGGAGCAUGAAACAUUUACCAUUGAAGAACUGAUCAGAAGAGCUGGCGGUCGCGGCUCGCGAAUUCCAAGGCGUCCAAAGCCAGCUCCGUUGACAGAAGAAGUAGCCAAGCUUGCUGCAGGAGUGCCAGAGUCAUGGGACUGGAGGAACGUUCAGGGAGUGAAUUAUGUGAGCCCAGUGCGGAACCAAGCUGCGUGUGGCAGUUGCUAUUCCUUUGCAUCGAUGGGCAUGCUGGAGGCUCGCAUUCGUAUCCUGACCAACAACACUCAGACCCCCGUUUUCAGCACACAGCAAGUUGUCUCCUGUAGUGAAUACUCUCAAGGUUGUGAUGGAGGGUUUCCUUACCUAAUUGGAAAAUACAUCCAAGACUUUGGCAUGGUUGAAGAAAAGUGCUUCCCCUACAUUGGGAAGGACUCUCCAUGCACACCGAAGCCCGAAUGCUUCCGUUACUACACCUCGGAGUACCACUAUGUAGGCGGCUUCUAUGGAGCCUGCAACGAAGCGCUGAUGAAACUGGAACUGGUCAAGUACGGCCCCAUGGGGGUUGCUUUUGAGGUCUAUGGCGAUUUCAUGCAUUAUCAAGGUGGGAUUUAUCACCACACAGGUCUGAUGGAUGAGUUCAACCCCUUUGAGCUGACCAAUCACGCUGUGCUGCUGGUAGGGUAUGGCAGUGACCCCGGGACAGGAGAGAAGUACUGGAUUGUGAAAAACAGCUGGGGAACCGGGUGGGGUGAGGACGGGUACUUCAGAAUCCGCAGAGGUUCUGAUGAGUGUGCGAUAGAAAGCAUUGCUGUGGCUGCAACUCCAAUCCUUAAACUGUAGAUUUUUAUGGGACUGUACGUGUCUACUGAUUUGAGGGGGUCCUUAUUAAGCAAGUACUGUAAACCUAUACCCCAAGAAAUUCCAAUCUAUUUUAGCGAUGAAGGCCAAACAGCACUACAUACAGUAUAUUGUGCAAUUAGCAGCCGAUUUAAAUGGACAUAGCAAAAUUUACAAACAUUUGUGGCAUGCAAUUAAAAGGGGGGUAACAGUAUCAUUUGUGUGCCUUGUUUCCAUGGACCUGUUCAUUUAAAACUCAGACUUUUAGGUAGGUACUUGGAACAAGGCGUUGUUUUCCACCAAAGAUUUAACAGUAGCUCUAGCCAGAUACAUUUUCUUUAUGACGACAUCUCUGAACAGCUGUAUCUGAUUAGGAGACCCCCUUCAAACAGGGAGACAUUUACUCUUGUGAUUUGUUUUAAAAGGGAUAAAUACAAAAAAAUGUGCCUUGGUGGUUGUGUUUUUUUAUAUAUAUAUGCAAAUAAAAUCACUAUUUCCUAUUAAUGAAAUGUUUACACGUCAGGAAAUAUUUUUAAUCUAUACAUUUUGUGUCCCUCUAUGGAAGACAUCUAAAGUCGAAAAUCAUGCUUUUAAAAUGAAAAAUAAAAUGGGAGUGUAACCAA